GAGGAAUGAUGUCUCUAUUGAUUAUGUCAAAAACUGAGGAUUCUGUCACGUGUGAAGUCGUUGAUGGGAUAGUCCAGGAGGCAUCUGAUUGUUAGAGGAAAGAGUGCAACCUUGCCAUCCAUCACAGAAAAAGAUUGGGACGAUAUCAAAUUUGGAGUUGAAAACAAUGUGGACUUUUAUGCAGUUUCCUUUGUCAAAGAUGCAAAAGUUGUCCAUGAAUUGAAGGAUUAUCUCAAAACCAGAUGCUCGGUCCUAGUUUUGACAUACAUGUUAUUGUCAAAAUUGGAAGCGCGGAUUCGAUUCCUAAUCUGCAUUCCAUGGUCACGCAUCUGAUGGGGCAAUGGUUGCUAGAGGGGAUCUUGGAGCUUAACUCCCUAUCGAUGAAGUUCCACUGCUGCAGGAGGAAAUUAUUAGAAUAUGCAGGAGCAUGUGAAAGCUGUUAUUGUAGCAACAAAUAUGCUGAAAGCAUGAUUGUUCAUCCGACGCCAUCCCGUGCAGACGUCUUGGAUAUUGCUAUUGCGGUUCGUGAGGGUUCAAAUCCAAUAAUGCUCUCUGGGGAAACUGCUCAUGGAAAAUAGAUACUUACUGAAAGUUGUUAAAGUCACACGCACUGUAGCUCUGAGGACUGAAGCAACUAUAAAUGGAGGAGAUCAGCCAGCUAAUCUUCGUCAGGCAAUCAAGGUGACAAGCAUAACAUAUAUUUAUCAUAUUCCUCCCAUCCCAAGCUUGCCAAAUAAUGUAACAAUGGCAAGCAAUUGAUACCUGUAUAUUUUCUGCCAUUUAGAAAUUUUGGUGGCAGUAAUACUAGAUUUCGAGGGAAUCCUGUAUGCACAUUUUUAUAGAGCAACCUGUUCUGCAGAAUCAUAUGAGUGAGA